AUGUCUCCCUCUCAGAAAGAACUCCAACAAUUCUACAUUGGCAAGGACAUUGGGGAUGUCCCCAAGCCCGCCGCCGUCCUGGACGUGGGGCUCAUUCGACGCCACUGUGAGACAAUGCUGAGCACAAUCAAGAAGCUCGAUGUCGGAUUCAGAGCCCAUAUCAAGUCUCACAAGACGCCAGAGAUCGCCCGGCUACAAAUUGGGGACAUCAAUGAUGCCAAUUUCAUUGCUUCCACUACCUUGGAAAUCGAAAUGAUGAUCCCUCUUCUUUUGGAUUUGAAAAAACAGGGUCGGAACGUCAACAUUCUCUACGGGAUCCCUCUCGUUCCAUCUCAGGUCCCACAUCUAGCCAGCGCUGCCCGCCAACUGGGCAAGAACAGCAUAUCGGUGAUGAUCGACCACCCCGAUCAAGUCCCAUCCUUGGAACAAUUGGCCUCCCUGGCGGGUGUGCCGGCGUGUGUCUUUAUCAAAGUCGACACAGGCUACCACCGUGCCGGAUUGCCUCCUGUCUCGCUCAACAAGCAAGGUUUGCUGGAGAAGCUGGUCUCCGCAGAACAAUCCGGCAACGCGAACAUCCUUGGAUUAUACUCCCACAGCAGCUUGAGCUAUAGUGGAACGACCCCCGAGCAAGCGAUGGGUCACUUGAUCAGUGAGAUCCAAGGUUGCAAGGAUGCCCUGCAGAAGAAUCUGGAUCUCCUCCCCAAGCGAGAUUUGGUAAUCAGUGUCGGCGCCACGCCCCAAGUUGUUUCAUCUCAGAAUCUCCUCCUCAGCAAAACUUCCUGUUCAGAAGCACAAGAACUGAAGGCCUUGCUCAGCGAGACAAAUGUCGAACUUCACGCGGGUGUAUAUCCGAUUCUGGACAUGCAGCAGUUCUCAACACACGCCAGCGCAGAGUCAGGGAGCCUCGAUAAUGAAAUUGCCAUCUCAGUACUCGCAGAAGUAUGCAGUGUUUACAACGAUGGUGAACGCGAGAAGCCAGAGGCACUCGUGGCUGCAGGAACACUCGCUCUGGGCCGGGAGCCAUGUCCCAGCUACCCGGGUUGGGGAGUUAUUGCGCCCUGGCGGCUCGAUCAGCAGGAUGCUGCUGCUUCAGACAAGAUGAUUCUUGCUCGGAUCAGUCAAGAGCAUGCUAUUGUAACAUGGAACAGUGAGACACAGGCGAAGAUUCCUCUUCGUGUUGGACAGGUUGUCAAAGUCUAUCCCAACCAUGCAUGCGUGACUGGCGCAUACUACGGUUGGUACUUUGUUGUGGACUCUGAUCAGGAUGCCGAGGCCUCUCGGAUUGUGGAUGUUUGGGUCCGGGGUCCGGGGUGUGGAAUGAGGGCCUGGUAG